AUGAAUAAUAAGAUAGAUUGGUUUAUUGGCACUUUUCUUGGCGUAUUACAUUCGUUUCUCGUGAAUUAUGUGUACAAAGUGGUACCGGAACCGUAUAUGGAUGAAAUUUUUCACAUAGAUCAAGCACGACGUUUUUGUGCAUUAAAUUUUACAUGGAAUCCAAAAAUCACAACACCACCAGCUUUAUAUGUACUUUCGCUAACAUUUUUUUGCGGUUAUGAAAGAUAUACGAAUUCUGCUUUGAUUCCGUUUGCUUUUGUUGGUUGUAUGCAAUUCCGUCAACUUUUCCAGAAGCCUUUUAUAUCCAAGUUAAAUUUUCGUUAUCUGGAAUUUACACUAAGUUCUCUAAUUGUCCUACUGCUUCCUGUACUCUUUCAGUCUUCAUUGCUGUAUUAUACGGAUUUAUUAUCAUUAACAACACUGCUAUGGGCUUCUUCUCUUCAACCGAUUCAGCACCUUUAUUGGCACUUUCUCCUAAAACUUAUCGAUGUCUUGGGUAUAUCAUCCCCAAAUGAUGGAGCAUAUUCCGAGAGCUCUUACUUUACUAUAUAUUUUGGGAACAGCGGCAGUAUUAGUACCAGCACAUCUGCUGGAACCAAGGCUCACGAUAAAACUUCUCUAAUGAAAACUGAGCUUAUAUGGAUUCCAAAUUGA